GCAUAAUGUAUAGGCAAGAUAGAAGUUGGAUGUAUGAUAAAAAUGCGGAAUUGUACGGAAUGAAAACAAAUUUUCUUGAUGGAAUUGCGGAGUUUAUUAAAUUUGCACUUGAACACCCGGAUUAUAUGAGUGGUGAUAAUAUCAGAUGUCCAUGUUCAAAGUUUAAAAAUAUGCAAUUUAAAGACCAAGACGCUGUUGGGUGGGAUUUGUACGCGGAUGGUUUUGCUCCCAAUUAUUAUAAUUGGACUUGUCAUGGCGAAGCUUAUGAUCCAUCUCUUUUACCACAAACAGUGGGUGCGUCUCGUAACAUCCCUGACCAGAUGAGUGGGUGGGGAGAAUAUGCUGGAAUGAGAUGGGAUCAACAAAUGGUAUAUGACGGAUACGGUGUCCCGUCGUCUCAGUUUAACCCCCCACAACAAUUUAACGAUCCUGCUGAAGCCUCCGGGUCCGGCUAUCAGCCUUAUGUGGAUGAGGAUUUAGCUGAGAGAUUUCAAGAUGUUUUAAAAGCUGCUGAUCAACCUCUGUAUGCUGAUUGUGAGGGAUACUCUCAGCUGUCAGCCGUUACAGAGUUCAUGAACAUAAAAGCUGAAUACAGUCUCCCUGAAACUUGCAUGUCUAGAGUGUUGCAGUCAGUUGGAGGAAUGCUAUCGCGUGACCACAGCCUCCCUGAUUCAUAUUACAACAUGAAACAAUUAAUAUCUAAGUUGGGGCUUCCUCACAUAGAAAUUGAUGCGUGCCCUAAGGGAUGUAUGUUGUUCUGGAAGGAUGAUGAGACACUUGAGAUCUGCAAGUUCUGUGGAGGAGACAGAUACAAACCUGUUCGUCAAAGUAAAAGAAAAUCACGAAAUAGGUCUGCAUUAUCUAAACUGUAUUACCUCCCAAUAGGUCCACGACUUCAAAGAAUGUAUGCUUCAAAUGCUACUGCAAAACACAUGACAUGGCAUGUUCAACACGAAACCAAAGAGGGUAUGAUGUCUCACCCUUCAGACUGUGAAGCUUGGAGACAUUUUGACCGUUGCCAUCCUCAAUUUGCAAUGGAAGCACGAAAUGUGCGCCUGGGAUUGUGUUCAGACGGAUUUGCUCCUUUUGGAAGGUUUGGGAAGAACUAUUCCUGUUGGCCAGUCAUGUUAACUCUUUACAAUCUCCCUCCCGACAUGUGCAUGCAAAGUCAUUUCAUCUUUUUGACUUUAAUUUGUCCGGGUCCUAAUGAUCCUGGAAAAAGGAUAGACAUUUAUCUCCAACCCCUUAUCGAGGAGAUGAAACAACUUUGGACCGUUGGGACACGAACUUAUGAUGUUUCAACAGAUCAGAUGUUCACCAUGAAAGCAGCCAUCAUUUGGACCAUUAGCGACUUCCCUGCGUAUGGUAUGCUUUCGGGAUGGAGCACACACGGUCUUAUGGGAUGUCCGAUAUGCAUGGAGAAAUCAGGUGCGAAUUGGCUUAACUACAGCAGAAAACCAAGUUACUUUGACUGUCACCGCAAGUUUCUCCCGGCAGUCCACCGAUACCGAAAGGACAGAAAGUCUUUCAUUAGAGGUAGAGUGGUACGAGACCCCCCACCCCCGAGAUUGACUGGUUCACAAAUUUUUGACCGGGUUCGACGUAUUCCUACGGCUGUGCAAGAGCCCCAUGAGGAUCCAUAUGGGUAUUGUGAUACCCAUAAGUGGACAAAAAAGAGUAUAUUUUGGGAGUUACCAUACUGGAAAGACCUUCUCAUUCGUCACAAUUUAGAUGUCAUGCACACUGAGAAGAACGUCUUUGACAAUAUAUUUAACACAGUGAUGAAUUUCAAAGGGAAAACCAAAGACGGUCUUGCAUCUAGAAAAGAUAUGUCAAUAUGGUGUGACAGACCCGAACUUUCUGUUGAUCCAGAACAUGAAGGUAACAAAAUCCCAAAAGCAGUCUACCAAAUCACGGAAGCACAAAAGGCUUCUAUAUUACAGUGGCUUGUGUCUCUGAAGUUUCCAGAUGGCUACUGCUCCAACUUGUCCAGAUGCGUGGACAUGAAAAAACUCACCACGACUGCGAGCAUGAAAACUCACGAUGCUCAUGUAGUCAUGCAAAGACUUCUGCCGAUUGCACUUAAAGAGGUGCUCCCGGAAGACGUCUGGUCAUGUAUUACUGAAAUCAGUUUGUUGUUUCAGUCCAUUUGUUCCAGCGUUUUGGAUGCAGCAGCCCUACGGAGACUAGAAGACACUAUUCCCAUUCUGAUGUGUAAUUUGGAAAAAAUAAUGCCUCCGUCCUUUUUCGAUACAAUGGAACAUCUUAUAAUACAUCUUCCGUACGAGGCUUUGACUGCUGGGCCCGUUUUCUAUCGUUGGAUGUACAGAUUUGAAAGAUUUCUGGGAGACUUGAAAAAGAAGGUGAACAACAAGACACACGUUGAGGCUUCAAUUAGUCACGCAUAUAUUCAACAAGAAAUCUCAACGUUCUCAUCUUUUUACUUUGAGCGAGAAGUCAUCACCAGAAGAAAGAGACUUGUCCGGAACGAUGACAUCGGCGAGGAUUUGUAUGAAAAUGUAGUUUCCAUUUUCAAUUACCCAGGUAGAGGUUAAGGAGCUGCGACUAGCCGUUUCAUCUUGGGCGAAGAGUACAAAAUUGCACAUACUUACAUCUUAAUGAAUUGUCCAGAAAUUCUACCAUUUUAUAAUGAAUUUAGAGCUUCUAUAUCAGCAUAUCCUGAUUAUGAAAUCGAUGCAAGGGUGGACGCUGAUUUUGCAAGAUGGUACCAGCAACAGAUCGCUAACCGUGGGAUUGACGACCCUCUGUUAGUAUCAUUAGCAUGGGGUCCUGGUUCCAAUGUCAAAGUUUGGCGGUCUUAUGUCAUAAACGGUUACACCUAUCACACAGACGAUUAUGGACAGGACCGACAAACAACAAACAGCGGGUUAUGUGUGCAAACCAUCGGUUAUGAUAACUCGGAAACCAAUUUUUUUUGGUAUCUUGCAUGAGAUUAUCGAACUUGAAAUGCCUUCUGUAUGCAGAAACUGACAUGCGUUCUGUUCCGUUGCAACUGGGUCGAUCCGACACGCGGGGUGAGAAAAAAUUCAAAGUAUAAUAUGAUUGACGUCAACCACUCUCGCGUGUAUCGGAAAAACGAACCUUUUAUACUUGCUCAACAAGCAGCACAUGUUUACUAUGCACCAUACCCUUCAACCAGGCAAACACAGAAUCCUUGGGUGUGUGCAUGUACUGUCCGUCCGAACAAAAUUGUAUCACAAUCUCAACACAAGGACGUUGAUUUAGACGCUUUCCAGCAACAAUUUUUCCAACCUCCGCCUAUUGUUGAGACGGUCAACUAUGACAUCCAGUUAAGUGAUCCAUAUGGCGGGCGUGUUGAAGUCGUGCCUGAAACACACCUUCCAGACCAAACACCUCCAUCUGAGCGCGAAAUUGUUCAGAUGUAUGAAGAACAACAAAACGCUCAAUAUGAGGCAGAAGGAGAAUGGGUA